GCUUUCUGUGCCAGUUCAAAGACUGCUGGAAAAACAUGCCAUCGGAGAUCGAGUUGUGAGUUAUUCUCUGGGCCGUAAGUUACCGACAGAUCAUGUCUGUGGGCAGCUGCUGUUCUGCUUUGAGCUCACCUCAUCUAUCCACCCAGAUGAUGAGGAGGUCUCUCUUGUCAUGGAGCUGGCCUGUACAGAGGGUGGAAAUGCAGCCGAAGAGAACCAUGCUGCUGCUGCCCCUGACGAUGAUACUAUGAGUGUGGGCCCUGACAUGACUGAUCUCCCCAUGGAUGCAGCUCCUGAUGCUGACACUCCCACGCACCAGAACAACCCUCCUACUGAGAGGGAGGAAGAAGAAACAACUGUUCAGAUGGAGCAGGGAACCGUGGAGGAGGACACAGUGAGGGAUGAAACCCCGACCUCUCAGGCUGAAGAGCAGCAGGAGGGCAGGAUUUUACCUGAACAGCAGGACAGAGGAGAUGAGGAGCAGAGUCGAGAGUCAGUUCCACAAACUGAAGAGGAGGUGGCAGUAGAAGAAAAAGAGGCUGAGGACAAAGCACAACAGGAUUCUGAACAUCCUACAGCAGCACCAAUGGAUGAUGACACUGCUGCUGUGAAGGAGAACCCUCCAUCCCAGGAAGUCCUGCAGGAUGUGAUGGAGGCAGGAGAAACAAGCUGUGCUCCUUGCUCCUGCCAGUCUCUCUUCACUAACUACAGCUCCCAUACUCCAUCACGACGUAAAACCCGCCCCUGCUCCCUCCCAGUGUCAGAGUUGGAGACGGUGAUUGCGUCGGCUUGCGGUGACCCAGAAACACCGAGAUCCCACUACAUCCGGAUUCACCAUCUCCUCCACAGCCUCCCAUCGGCCAGAGCUCCCAGCCAGGAGAAGGAGCCAAUGGGGGAAGAAGAAAGGAUGAGCAGUGGUGUGGACUCCAACGUCACAUCACCAACACUCAACACCUAUAAAGAAGAGUGGGGACAGAAUGGAGAGGAUACAAUCCAGUCUCCAUCUCAGGUGCCAGAGUCUCCUGGCCCCUAUUGCAGGCGCUCUCUGCCCCGCAGCCUCUCCAUUGAGCAUCUGUCUGAGCUCAACCAGCUCCUGGAAGGUGACAGAGGAAGAGGAGGUCUUCCGGAGGUGAGGAGGAUCUCUCCCUCUUGUCUAGAGAGUGAAGAGGGGGAUUCUAGUAAUGGAGGAGGAAGGAGAGUCUGUGGCAGCACACACAGGCCUCCAGGAGAACACGAGUGUGAAUUCUGCGACACUUCCUGCUACAGCACCUCCUGCUACAGCACCUCCUGUUAUAGCACAUCAUGCUACAGCAACUCAGGCUACGAGGCAAGGGGUCGCGUCUGCAGCCACACCCGCCUCUCCUCGGUGGACAGCAAUCGACUCUCUGGCAGCACCGUGUUCUCCUCUCAGGAGGAAGAUGAAGAUGAGGAGAGUGCCUUUGAGUCAGUGUCGGACAUUGUCCAAUCCGAUGGUCCGGAUAGAGGUGGGGCAGGAGGAGAGAGGAGGCUGGGCAGAUGGAAGGAGAACAGGAGAGGCGAGCAAGGGGAGCCAGUUGUACCAGGACCCAGUGACAAAAACAGCAUUGACUGGGAGGCCCGUGUUGACAGCCACGGCAGAGUUUUUUAUGUGGAUCACAUCAACAGGACCACUACCUGGCAGAGGCCGAGCCACAGUGGAAAGUGUAACCACGGGAUCUCCCGUUCAGGUUCCACUCAACAGAUGGAACAGCUCAACCGAAGAUAUCAGAACAUCCAGAGGACCAUGGCUACAGAAGAGGAUUCUGGGAGUCAGAGAUCAGACAGCGACUCUGAGCCUGCUCAGACAGGUCCUGUUUCUCCCAUCAAUCACCAGAAGGUGACCAAUCUCCUCCAGUCGCCUGCUGUCAAGUUCAUCACUCACCCUGAAUUCUUUACUGUGUUGCACAGUAACUAUGCAGCCUACCGUAUGUUCACCAGCAGCAGCUGUGUGAAGCACAUGAUACUGAAGGUGCGACGUGAUGCCAGGAACUUUGAGCGCUACCAGCAUAACAGGGACUUGGUGGUCUUCCUCAACAAGUUUGUAGACACGCAGCUGGAGUUGCCCAGAGGCUGGGAAAUCAAAACUGACCCUCAGGGAAAGUCUUUUUUUGUGGACCACAAUAGUCGAGCCACAACCUUCAUUGACCCUCGAAUCCCUCUGCAGAAUGGCCGGCUGCCAGGCCACCUCGCCCACAAGCAGCACCUGCAGAGACUACGCAGCUACAGCGCUGGGGAGGCGUCUGAAGUAUCCAGGAGUUGGGGGGCUUCUCUGAUGGCCCGGCCCAGAAACAGCCUGGUAGCAGCCAUACGGAGCCAGCAUCACACUGACCCACAACAGCUGACCUCUCUUUCUUACAAUGACAAGAUCGUGGGCUUUCUACGGCAGCCCAACAUAUUCGAUAUGUUGCAGGAGCGACAACCCAGCCUGAGCAGAAACCACACACUGAGAGAGAAGAUCCACUACAUCCGGACAGAAGGAAAUCAGGGUGUGGAAAAGCUGUCAUGUGAUGCAGACCUGGUCAUCCUCUUAAGUUUAUUUGAAGAGGAUAUCAUGUCCUACAUUCCGCCUCACCCCAUCCACCCCAGCUUCAGCUUCUCCCCUCGCUGCUCUCCGGCCUCCUCCCCACAGAACUCUCCAGGACUGCAAAGGGCCCGGGCCCCGGCUCCUUAUCGCAGAGACUUCGAAGCCAAACUGCGAAACUUCUACAGGAAGCUAGAAGCUAAAGGCUACGGCCAGGGUCCCGGCAAGAUCAAGCUGCUGAUCAGGAGAGAACAUCUGCUGGAGGGAACCUUUAACCAGGUGAUGGCUUACUCUCGCAAAGAGCUGCAGAGGAACAAACUCUACGUCACCUUCCUGGGGGAGGAGGGGUUAGACUACAGCGGCCCGUCCAGAGAGUUCUUCUUCCUUUUGUCUCAGGAGCUCUUUAAUCCCUACUACGGCCUGUUUGAAUACUCCGCUAAUGACACGUACACCGUGCAGAUCAGCCCCAUGUCUGCUUUCAUUGACAACCAUCUGGAAUGGUUCCGGUUCAGCGGUCGCAUUCUGGGCCUGGCUCUGAUCCACCAGUACCUGUUGGAUGCGUUCUUCACCAGACCCUUCUACAAGGCGCUCCUCAGACUAGCGACAGACCUGUCAGAUCUGGAGUACCUGGACGAGGAGUUCCACCAGUCUCUGCAGUGGAUGAAGGACAAUGACAUCACAGACAUCCUGGACCUCACCUUCACUGUUAAUGAGGAGGUUUUUGGUCAGGUCACGGAGCGCGAGCUGAAGUCAGGCGGCUCCCACCUGCAGGUAACUGAGAAGAACAAGAAGGAUUACAUAGAGCGAAUGGCUAAAUGGAGAGUGGAGAGAGGAGUGGUGCAACAGACUGAAGCACUGGUCAGAGGCUUCUACGAGGUGGUGGACUCCAGGCUGGUGUCAGUUUUUGAUGCCCGGGAGCUUGAGCUGGUCAUUGCUGGCACAGUGGAGAUUGACCUGAGCGACUGGAGGAACAACACGGAGUACAGAGGAGGUUACCAUGACGGCCACAUAGUGAUGCGCUGGUUCUGGGCGGCAGUGGAGAGGUUCACCAAUGAGCAGCGCCUGCGCCUGCUGCAGUUUGUCACAGGGACAUCCAGUGUUCCCUAUGAAGGCUUUGCAGCUCUAAGGGGGUCCAACGGCCUAAGACGCUUCUGCAUUGAGAAGUGGGGCAAAGUCACAUCACUACCCAGGGCUCACACCUGUUUUAACCGUCUCGACCUGCCUCCGUACCCUUCAUACAUCAUGCUCUAUGAGAAACUUCUGGUGGCUGUGGAGGAGACCAGUACGUUUGGCCUUGAGUGAUGCAGAAUAAUCAAACAUCUCUGGGC